AUGGCGGCCGAGCCGUGGUUCGCGGAGCCGCUCCCCCUGAGCCCUGGAGAGACGGCGCCCCUGGACCGCCUGGAGCCCCCCGAAAGGCCUGAGGACCCCCGUGAGCUGCAGCCCGAGGCGGCCCAGCUGUCGCUGCUGCAGGAGGCUCCAGGAUCCACGCCGUCCCCCCCGGACCCCAUGGUCCCCGAGCCCGGACCCGCAGCCCCCGCCCGCCUGGCCCUGGACGCUAUGUUCAGCCCGGUCACCGACCAGCUCCGCUACCUGCUCAAGAAGGCCGACGACUUCCAAAGCUACUUGCUCUACAGCCGGGAUGGAGUGCAGAAGGAACAGCUGGCCAAGGUCAUGCCCACCUUCCUAAAGAUGUGUGAGCCCUACUUUCUGUACCUGGAGGCCGCAGCCAGGAGCGUACCUGCCAUCUACGGGGCCCUGCAGGAGCUGGUCCGAAAAGGGCUGCUAGAGAUCUCGCAGCAGCUCACUCUCCGCCUGGAACAGUUGAUCUUCAUGUACGCCUCCUUUGGCUUUGUGGACCUGGAGGACACUGACCCCCUGAGUAUCUCCUGCUUCUUCUGCGGGCGGUUCUCCAUUGGUCCUUCCCACGAGGUGUCCAUCUUCAGAUACUGCAGUCCUGCCGCCUACACUGCCAGCCGCUUCCCCCGGUACCUCUACAAGAAGAUGCGCUGGAACCUAGAAACCACCCCGGAACCCAACAGCCGGGAGCAAGAUCCCCAUGUGGACUACUACUUCUUGUGCUAUCGAGAUACUUGGGAGGACUCAGGCCAAAGUCCAGCCAAUUCGUGUCCCCAGAUCCAAAAACUGUGGUCCAUCGGCCGCUGGGUGCCCCUAGGACCAGCUGACGACGACCUCUAUUCAUGGAUUUUGUGCCCGCAGCCACCUGGAGACUACCAACAGCUGCUGACCAUCGGCUUCGAGGAGCCGUCGCACAUGCUAGCCACCGACCUGCUGGUGCAGGUCCUCAUGGGCCAGAUAGGCCCGGCCCGGCCCCCGAGCGCAGCGUGGGUCGCACAGGGGUCUUGAACCUGGGGACUGAGGAAGAAGGUGCAGGCUGGGGCUUGACAGCUCUAAACUCCAAGAGCGGGGCAGGGGAGGGGGUCCCUCGAGCUCCUGCAGCCCGGCCUGGCCUUCCGAGACUCCAGGCCGAGCUGGCCCAGCCCGCUGCAAAGCCCG